AUGACCAACAUCGAUGACUUGUUCAAGAAACCCGGAUUGCCCAUCGGAUCAGCAAAACGCAAACUGGAAGUUCCUGACGCUCACGAAGUGUACAAAUCAACAAAAGUGUCGAAAGAUGCAUCGCCAAACGGUCGCCAGGCGCAUGCUGCGUCUGUGGACGAUGACGAGGAAGACCUAGAAGCAGGUCCAGAACUUCCUCCAGCUGAAGACGACAACGGCGACGACGAUGACGGACGGUUCUUUGGGACUGGGAUGACUCGAGAGGCGGUGGAUGCAUUGGACUACAUUGACGAGCAAGAGGAUGCGGAGCUGCAAGAGGAGAAGAUUGAUUCUGCGUGGUUGCGGAGGCUGGCAACAAGCUUUGAAAAGAAAAUCACGAAAAAUGCAGAGCUACGAGCACGGUACGAGAGCGAUCCGGAGAAGUUCAUGGCAUCAGAAGCAGAGCUCGAUGCAGAGAUCAAGACUUGGAGUCUCCUUAGCGAGCAUACGGAGUUGUAUGGAGAAUUUGCUGCAUCAGGGACGGCGGCUAGCUUGGUUGGGCUACUCGCGCACGAGAACACAGACAUCGCCAUAGGCGCAAUCGAAAUCAUUUCCGAGCUCCUAGAUGACGAUGUUCAGAUCGAGCCGCCUCAAUGGGAUGCCCUCACUACUGCGUUAUUGGACUCAGACCUUCUGGAACUUUUGAUGAGUAAUCUUUCGAGACUCGACGAGGACAAUGAAAGCGACCGGAGCGGUGUAUAUCACAGUCUAUCAGUGUUGGAGCACCUCGCAAGUCAGGAAGCCGUCGCCGAGAAAGUGGGACAAGACAAUGUCCUCGAUUGGUUGUGCAAGAGAAUCGCGAGAGCGGAGUCUCUUAUGAGCCAGAAUCAGCAGUAUGCAGCAGAGGUACUACAAGUCCUACUUCAAUCGUCACAUGUCGUACGCAAGCGACUCACGACCGACAAAAUCGACGGUGUUGAUCUUUUCCUGCGACUGGUGGCCAGAUAUCGAAAGCGCGACCCGCCAAAGGACAGCAACGAGGAGGAAUUCACCGAAAACAUAUUCGACGCUUUAGCCUGUGUUGUCGAGAUCUCGGAGGGAAAGACGAAAUUCGUACAGUGUGAGGGUGUGGAGCUCUGUCUGCUGAUGCUCAAAGAUGCGAGCAAGAGAAUCGCAUGUCGGGCGACCCAGAUUCUCGAUCAUGCCGCAGGUGGGCAGAGCGUUGAAGCAGUGGCAGUGUGUCAGAAGAUCAUCGAAGCUGCUGGGCUGAAGCCGCUGUUCGCGGCUUUCAUGAAAUCAAAUGACCACGAACUCAUCGAGCAUCUUCUCGGCAUCUUCUCAGCAUUCUUGCGCGUUCUCCCAGGGGACUCGGCCGAAAGAAUUCGGACUCUGGCAAAGUUCGCCGAGAAGGAUUACGCAAAGGUCGCGAAGUUACUACAGCUACGCAAAGAGUACGUCCAGAGGGUCGAAAAGACAGAGAAAGAUCUACGAGCCGAUCAGUCGUUGCUCGACGAAGACGAGAUCGAGGAGAGAGAAGUCGAAUGGUACCUUUAUAAAUUGGACGGAGGUCUCUACCAUCUGCAAAUCGUCGACACCAUCCUUGCAUGGCUCAUAGCAGAGAGUGCCGAUGUUAAAAUCAAGGUGAAGGAGCUGCUCAAUGAUGGUGUCGCAUCCAUCCGUGCAUCCCUAGAAACCCAGCGCGACAAUCUCGACAAAGACAUAGCGGACAACAAUGACACUCGAGAAAUGCUUGAUACACUCAUCAGCUUUCUCGAAUGA